AUGUGUAUCUCUGUCCCAAUUUUUCGUUCACGAGUCCUACGAUUUUAUGUUAGUCUGUUUCUUCUGUUGUGGUCGUAUUGUCUAUGUGAAGAAUUCGAAAAAAUAGAAUAUGCUCAAGAUUUGACAAAAAUAAAGUACUAUGACUCGUAUAACCAUAUUGACAAAACUUAUUUGAAUAAAUAUGUUGCGAAGCCAGAAUUACAAGAUCUUGUAAUAACAGUUAAAAUUGAGAAAAAUGUAAAACCGGAUAAUGUUUUAUUUUUCCCAAAGGAAAAAACGUAUCUUAAAAUAACAGGGGAUUGGUCAGAAUACCCAAAAGAGAAAAAUGAAACCAUCUGUUUAGCUUUUGUGCUUAAAAAGGAUUUAAUAAAAAAUGAAAAAGAAAAAUGUCCCAGUAAUAUUUUUUCAUCAAAAAAUAUAUAUAAAGUUUGCUAUAAGGAAAAUAAUUAUUCGAUAAGGAAUUUAUUUUUAUAUUUAGAAUUAUCACAACCUUAUUUGGAAAAACUUUUUUUAUCAUUCAACAUCCCAGUUGUAGUAAAUACAGAAAACACGUUAGUUUAUUUUACGAAUAAUAAAAAAAAAUCGAAUGAUGAAAAACCGUUAUUAGAUUUACAUGUAUGUUACAUGUCUAAUGAAGAAAAUCCAUAUUAUUUAGGAAAAUUAAAUUUCAAUUCUUACCCAUUAAAUGUACAAAGAAAUAUAAAUGAUUAUGAUGUAAUUUACACGAAAUCAUUUUUAACGUCAAAUUGGGAAUAUCAUAUGAUUAUUAAAGGAGAAUACAUAACACCAUACAACCGUGUUGUUUUUAUAAGAUUUCCACGAAAUGUUGAUGAUAAGGAAAAAAAAUGUCCUCCUUUUUGGAAUUAUGCUAUAUUAGGUGCAGGUGCAUUAAAUAAAAUUAAAAAAACAGAUAAAUCUAAUUUGACAAAAAAUACCGUACAAUAUUUUUUUUCUAGUGAUGAUAAUUUAACCCAUUACUAUAUUCCAUUUAUAAAAAGUGAUGACUUACAAACAAAUGAAAGCUACCUUAUUUGUUUAUAUUCUGAUGAAAAUGAUUUUCACGGCAUGGAAAUUACCAAUGUACAUUUUUAUAUUAACACAACCGAUUCGAUGAUUUUGAUAUUUCUAAUCAUUUUUGUUGUCGUCUUUUUGCCACUCCUCUUUUCCUUAACAUAUUUGUGUGUUCUAUUCAAGAUUAAUGCACUUAAGGUUAAGAUGCAGAAGCUCCAACUUUUGAGUAGGAAGGAUGAAAUUGAGGAUAGGCUGAAAAAAGAGCUAAACCUUGAUCAGUACGAGUGCAUUUAA